AUGGGAAACACGCAAGCGAUAUUAUCUGAAAAAGAUCAAAAAGAUUUAUUACAAGCAGCUAAUUUUAGUGAAACAGAUAUCAAAAAAAUGUAUAAAAGAUUUAUAGAGCUUGAUACAAAUAAAAAUGGACAGUUAGAUCCUAAUGAAUUAUUUGAUGUUCCUGAAAUUUGUGAUAAUCCCUUAGUGAAAAGGGUUAUAUCAAUAUUUGAUUCAAAUUCAGAUGGAAAAGUUUCAUUUGUAGAGUUUUUAGUUGGAAUAACAAAAUUAGCAUCUAGCACUGAUGAUUUUCAAAAGAAGAAAUUUGCUUUUGAUGUAUACGAUAUUAAUAAAGAUGGAAUGAUAUCCAAUGGAGAAUUAUUUACAGUUAUGAAAAUGAUGGUUGGGAAUAAUUUGAACGAUAGGCAGUUGCAACAAUUAGUAGAUAGAACUAUAUUACAAGCAGAUAAAGAUGGUGAUGGAAUGAUAUCCUUUGAAGAAUUUAAAGAUAUGAUAUCACAUAUGGAUGUUGGAAAUAAAUUGAAGCUAGACUUAUAA